AUGUACGCGCUUAGAUUGUCAAUCGUGUGGAUAUUCAUCCUCGGAAGCAUCGUACAAUGUUCGGCUUCGAGCAUUUACGAUUUCGGAAGAGCAAACGUAAUCGUCGAAGGUGAUUCCAAGCCUUGCUCUGCAACAAGAGAGUGUUUGAAUUGCACGAGAUCGAGACUAUGUCUACCAGCAAAAAACCAAUUGCAACAGGUAGCUGUGAUAGAUUGCAGUUCUGAUCCUUCGACACCUUAUUGCGAUCAGGAUACUGGUCUUUGUACAAGCGUAGCUUCAAACGGUUGUGCUUCGAACGAAUUCAUCUGCCCUUUCAUCGAUGGUGUUUACCCAGAUCCCAGAAGUUGCACUAGAUAUCACAUUUGUGUUAACGGUUUUAGAACAACGAAUAUUUGUCCGCCUAACAAUGUCUACGAUGCAUCCUUGAAAGAUUGCAAAUUAUUACGUUAUUCGAUUGACUGUGUUACAAUCAGUUGCACGGGUAAGGAGGGUAAACUUUUCACAUAUCCAAAAGAUAAUAGAAUCUAUGGAAGUUGCGUUGGUGGAAAACCAUAUAUCUUGGGACAGUGCAAAGAUUACGAGACAUUUGAUGUUAGUUCGGGAAAAUGUAACAGAGUUUGUAGAAGACCUGAAAAUCAGCCUACAGAUGAUUGUCAAAAGUAUAUACGUUGUGCCGAAACGAGCAGAGGAAGAUAUGAGCCAGUUCUACAAAACUGUGCUUGCAACCAAGGUUUCGAUGAAGAUACAAAAACCUGCUCAACGAACGCAAAGUGUAUUGCUAACAAGCCGAAUCUCUGCCAACUACCAUCUGAAUCUAAAGAUUCAGUAAAAGAUGAAAACAAUAAAGAAAAUGACUCAAUCGUAAACAAUUCGGAAAAUAAGGACAGCAGUAACAAUGUAUCUAAUGGUCAAGACAGUUCUAAUGGAAACGUUAUAAAUGGUAAUAAUAACGAAAAUAAUUCCAAUUCUGGAGACGUUGCCGACGCAGAAAUUCCAAAACAACAAGUGAAUCCGUUAAUUAUAAUAAAUUCAGGAAAUAGUCAAAAUGGAAAUAGUGUUUCCAACGGAGACAAUAGUGAAAAUGGAAAUAUAAUUGAUGGAAGUAACAAUGAUAAUAGUGCAAGUCAAGGAAACGGGAGGAGACCUGUGUUUCGUCCAUACAUAAUUAAUAAUUCAGAAAACAAAGACAGCAAUAAUAAUGUUUCAAAUGGAAACGAUAAUGGUAAUGGUAAUAUAGUUAAUGGAAACGAUAACGGCAAUAAUUCAAAUCAAGGUAAUGUAGGAAAUCAGAAAGCUGCUAGGUCUAGCAUAAGUCCACGUAUAAUCAAUAAUUCAGAAAAUAGUAACAGUAGCAAUGAUGUUUCYAAUGGAAAUGAUAGUGGAAACGGUAAUAUAGUUAACGGAAAUGAUAAUAGUGAAAAUGAUAAUAAAGGAAACGUAGGAAAUGCAAAAGCACAAAGAUCCUAUGUAAGUCCACGUAUCAUCAAUAAUUCAGAAAACGAAGCCAGCGAUAAUAAUGUCUCAAAUGGAAACGAUAAUAGUAAUGGUAAUAUAGUUAAUGGAAACGAUAAUGGCAAUAAUUCAAAUCAAGGUAACGUAGGGAAUAGAGACUCGUCGACACCUAGUGCACAGCCAUUUAUUAUCAUAAAUUCAGGACAUAGUCAGAAUGGAAAUAAUGUUUCUAACGGAGACAAUAGUGAAAAUGGAAAUAUAAUUAAUGGAAAUAACAAUGAUAAUAGUGCAAGUCAAGGAAACGGGAGGAGACCUGUGUUUCGACCAUACAUAAUUAAUAAUUCAGAAAACAAAGAUAGCAAUAAUAAUGUCUCAAAUGGAAACGAUAAUAGUAAUGGUAAUAUAGUUAAUGGAAACGAUAACGGCAAUAAUUCAAAUCACGGAAACGUAGGAAAUCAAAAAGCUGCUAGGUCAAGCGUAAGUCUACGUAUUAUCAAUAAUUCAGAAAAUAGCAACAGUAGCAAUGAUGUUUCCAAUGGUAACGAUAGUGGAAACGGUAAUAUAGUUAACGGAAACGACAAUAGUGAAAAUGACAAUAAAGGAAACGUAGGAAAUGCAAAAGCACAAAGAUCCGAUGUAAGUCAACGUAUUAUCAAUAAUUCAGAAAACAGUGAAAGCGAUAAUAAUGUAUCGAAUGGAAAUGAUAAUGGAAAUGGUAACAUAGUUAAUGGAAAUAGCAAUGGUAAUAAUUCGAAUCAAGGUAACGUUGGAAACGGACGAGCAAGAAGAUCAGUUAUAAGUCCACGUAUUAUAAAUAAUUCAGAAAAUAGCAACAGUAGCAAUGAUGUUUCCAAUGGUAACGAUGAUGGUAAUGGUAAUAUAGUUAAUGGAAACGAUAACGACAACAAUUCAAAUCAAGGAAACGUAGGAAAUCAAAAAUCUGCUAGGUCAAGCAUAAGUCCACGUAUAAUCAAUAAUUCAGAAAAUAAUAACAGUAGCAAUGAUGUUUCUAAUGGAAACGAUAGUGGAAACGGUAAUAUAGUUAACGGAAACGACAAUAGUGAAAAUGACAAUAAAGGCAACGUAGGAAAUGCAAAUGCACAAAGAUCCGAUUUAAGUCCACGUAUUAUCAAUAAUUCAGAAAACAAAGACAGCGAUAAUAAUAUCUCAAAUGGAAACGAUAAUAACAACGGAAAUAUAGUUAAUGGCAAUAGCAAUGGAAAUAAUUCGAAUCAAGGUAAUGUAGGAAAUCAGAAAGCUGCUAAGUCAAGCGUGAGUCCACGUAUUAUCAAUAAUUCAGAAAAUAAAGACAGCGAUAAUAACGUCUCAAAUGGAAACGAUAAUAGUAAUGGUAAUAUAGUUAAUGGAAACGAUAACGGCAAUAAUUCAAAUCAAGGUAAUGUAGGAAAUCAAAAAGCUGCUAGGUCUAGCAUAAGUCCACGUAUAAUCAAUAAUUCAGAAAAUAGUAACAGUAGCAAUGAUGUUUCCAAUGGAAACGAUAGUGGAAACGGUAAUAUAGUUAACGGAAACGACAAUAGUGAAAAUGACAAUAAAGGUAACGUUGGAAACGGAAAAUCGAAAAGAUCAGUAAUAAGUCCACUUAUUAUUAAUAAUUCAGAAAACAAAGACAGCGAUAAUAAUGUUUCUAAUGGAAAUGAUAAUAACAACGGAAAUAUAGUUAAUGGCAAUAGCAAUGGUAAUAAUUCGAAUCAAGGUAACGUAGGGAAUAGAGACUCGUCGAAACCUAGUGCACAACCAUUUAUUAUUAUAAAUUCAGGAAUUAGUCAAAAUGGGAAUAAUGUGUCUAACGGAGACAAUAGUGAAAACGGAAAUAUUAUUAAUGGAAGUGAGAAUAGUAAUACUGCGCAUCAAGGAAACGCUAGACCUGUUGUUGAUUUAUACAUUAUCAAUAAUUCAGAAAACAAAGACAGCGAUAAUAAUGUCUCAAAUGGAAAUGAUAAUAACAACGGGAACAUAGUUAACGGAAAUAGCAAUGGUAAUAAUUCAAAUCAAGGUAACGUAGGGAAUAUGAAAAGGUCGAAACCUAGCAUUAAACAAUUAAUUAUUAUAAAUUCAGGAAAUAGUCAAGAUUCGAAUACUGUUUCUAACGGUGACAAUAGCGAAAAUGGAAAUAUUAUUAAUGGAAGUAACAAUUCUAAUAAUGCAAGUCAAGGAAACGGAAAAAGUCCAGUUUUGCGUUUAUUCAUUAUUAAUAAUUCGGGAAAUAGUCAUAGUCAAAGUAAUGUCUCUAAUGGAAACGACAGUGACAACGGUAACAUAGUUAACGGAAAUAGCAAUGGCAAUAAUUCAAAUCAAGGUAAUGUUGGUAAUGUUGAAGCGUCUAAACCAACUCAACCUCCAAUAAUUAACAGUUCAGAAAACAAUGAAAGCGAUAAUAAUGUAUCGAAUGGAAAUGAUACAGAAAAUGAUAAUACAGUUACUGAAAAUACCAAUGAUAAUAAUUCGAGUGAAGAUGACGUAGAAAUUCAGCAAGAUGCAAGUACUAGCGAAAGUCCCUUGAUUAUAAAUAAUUCAGAAAAUAAUAACAGUAGCAAUGAUGUUUCUAAUGGAAACGAUAGUGGAAACGGUAAUAUAGUUAACGGAAACGACAAUAGUGAAAAUGACAAUAAAGGAAACGUAAGUAAUGCCAAAGCACAGAGAUCCAAAGUAAAUCCACGCAUAAUCAAUAAUUCAGAAAACAAAGACAGCGAUAAUAAUGUCUCAAAUGGAAAUGAUAAUAACAACGGGAACAUAGUUAAUGGCAAUAGCAAUGAUAAUAAUUCGAAUCAAGGUAACGUAGGAAAUCAGAAAGCUAGAUCUAGCAUAAAUCCACGUAUUAUAAAUAAUUCAGAAAAUAGUAACAGUAACAAUGAUGUUUCCAAUGGAAACGAUAAUGGAAACGGAAAUAUAGUUAAUGGAAAUGAUAAUGGCAAUAAUUCAAAUCAAGGUAACUGUAAUAAUAUCGUCUCUAACAGCAAUGAUAAUGAACUUAAUUUAGUUGGUGUAAAUGGUAAUGGUAAUAAUGGUAACUCUUGUAAUGUACUAAAAUAA